GCGACUCCAUAUGGCUCUGUCAACCAUUAACGCUGGCUACUCUCCGGCGGAUGCUACCACCGGCGGUGAUGAUUCGUCAAUUUACCAACUUCUUCUCGAUCGUUGCCGGAGCUUAGAGGCGAGUUACUCUAACCUACAGGAGCAAUUCCACAUCCUCGAGCAAGAACACAAUUCAUCCUACAAUAAUCGAAAGUUACUGCAGGAAGAUACGAUGCCUUCACGAUCCGGCGUGUCGUCAUUCUCCAAUUGGAUCAGUGGUGUACCGGAUGUUUUACCGGUGGGAUUUUCGUACAAGAGAGCGUUGGAUCAAUUAGGUCAUGCAGUUUAUGUGAGCAAAUCUAUCACUCGAGAGAUCAUUUACUGGAACCGUUCUGCUGAGAAACUCUUUGGCUAUGAGGACUAUGAAGCGCUUGGGCAAACAGUCACGGACUUGCUCAUUUAUGAUGAGUUUCAUAUAUCUUCUGAGAAGAUUAUGGGAAGAGUGAGGGCAGGUCAAACUUGGGCAGGUCAGUUUCCUUUCAGGAAGAGAUCGGGGGUAACAUUUAUGGCUUUAGUGAACAAAAGCCCAUUAUAUGAGGAUGGUGAACUUGUUGGUAUCGUCACGGUUGCAAGUGAUGCGACUAUAUUUAAUAAAAUUAAAUCAGAAAAUCCAAAAUCAUACGAGGAGGAUCCAUCUAAUGGCCAAACUAAAACACGGGGGUUAAAGUUCAAGAAGAUUCAAUGGCAACCACCACAGCAGUUAUCAUCUUUUGUUUCCAAUCUGGCCUCAAAAGAUAUUUUGCGGAAAGGUGGAGGAAAUAAUAGGCAUACAGAAGACACCUCUGUGGACAUGGGGGAGAACAUCCUAGAGCCUGAAAAUGUAAAUUUAGAGAAGCCUCCAAAGGCACCUCCCGUUAAGCGUGGUUUUGGUUUUAGCCUCUGGAAGAAGACCAUUGGUGCCGACACCGGAGAAGAUGAACUUUCUGAACCUUCUAAUUAUGCAGCGAAAGUCUUGUCAAAGUUGAACAUCCAAAGGACUGGAAACAUACAACAAGAUGGUUCUGCUAAUGUCUCAGAAAAUCACAAUGCAGUGAACAUGUCAAAUCAUCAACAAAGUUCGGCCACUGCAGCUCCCUGCCGCAGUGUUCAUGUUGAAGGUUAUGAAACAGAGAUAUCUCAAAGAGCGUACUCUCUCUUCGAUGCCAAAAGGCAUGCAAAGGCAAAUGAACAAGUACUCUCCAAAAUCAUUGAAGACGGUUUUUCUUUUGAAGCUCUUAGGAGAGAGCAAAACGAGUGCUCUGAGGCAGCAAAACCAGUUGAUAGAUUGGCACUUUCUAAUUUCCAAAUGUCCAGAAGAGAAUUGGAGCUUGAGAAUGACCUGAACUCCAUAGUCGAUUGUGAAAUUCGAUGGGAAGAUCUAGUUUUCAAGGAAGAGAUUGGCCAUGGGUCAUUUGCUCGGGUAUACCGUGGAAUUUGGAAUGGAUCGGAUGUUGCGGUUAAAGUUUAUUUUGGUAAUCAAUACAGCGAGAAGGCUUUGCAGGACUACAAUAAAGAGAUCGAUAUAAUGAAGAGACUUCGCCAUCCAAAUGUAUUGCUUUUUAUGGGGUCCGUAUGUUCACAAGACAAACUUGCAAUGGUUACAGAGUUACUACCCAGGGGAAGCCUUUUCAAUGUUCUUCACAACAGUGGUCAUUCUUUAGACAUUAGGCGACGUCUAAGGAUGGCUGCUGAUGUUGCAAGAGGUAUGAACUAUUUGCACCACAGAAAUCCGCCAAUAAUACACAGAGACCUCAAGUCGUCAAACCUUCUUGUCGACAAGAACUGGUCUGUGAAGGUUGGAGAUUUUGGUCUCUCAAAGUUGAAGCAUGCAACCUUUUUAACAGCUAGAUCGGGGAGAGGGACACCUCAGUGGAUGGCACCUGAAGUUCUCCGUAACGAACCUUCAAAUGAGAAGUCGGACGUGUACAGUUUCGGUAUCAUUCUAUGGGAACUAGUCACGCAAUCCGUCCCUUGGAGCAAUAUGAAUCCGCUACAGGUCGUCGGAGUUGUGGGUUUCAUGGACCGCCGGCUGGACUUACCGGACGACAUAGACCCAGCUCUCUCCUCUAUUAUCCAAGAUUGUUGGCAAAGCAACCCCGCACUUCGUCCAUCGUUCGAAAACAUAAUGCAUAGACUUCCGGGCCUAAUCCAGAAAUUUCCCGGUUAAAGCCGAUCUCGAGCCACGUAGCUUACUCUCCAAGGAAGAAAUGAGGAAAGAACUCCGGUGAUCGAUGCAUUUUCAAAGGAAACUACUUGCAUAUAUGCACGGUAAUUGUUUCUUCUCGAGGGUUUGUUUUAGGAACAUAUUAACACGGUGUCGGUGUUUGUUGUCAAAUGUUAACGUCCCUUUAUGUAAUAAGGUGAGAUCGGCAUACAUGUAACAUAACGCAAAAGUUCCUAAUGAAAGUUUUCUUGUGAGCCCGUUAUUGUGA